AUGACCGGAUUGGGCUUUGGUCGCGGGUAUGCAGCGCAGGGAGGGGAUAUUGGGAGUUUUGUGACGAAUGCUUUGGGGGUGUAUCAUGAAGAGUGUAAACUCAUCCACCUCAACUUCCGUCUCCUCCUCGGCAAACCCACCGGCUCCACCCCCUCCCCCUCUUCCACCCAACAAUCCCAACCGCCCGACCCCCUCCUCCCGCAUAACGCCGGCUGUGGCUGA